UAUAUUCGAGACAGCUUCAUUUUCCGAUCCGGAGGGCGAGGAAUCAUGCAUCCCGCGCGGCGUGCCUAUGUGGAGGAUGCGCCGGAGGAUACGGACAUGGGAGUAGACCUCGCAAAUAUUCCCGUGGACCAUGACUACGAGUUACCAUCUGCUGCCGCUGGUAUAGCUCCAGAGAAAGCUUCGGCUAUAUUAUCUCAGUUUGAACGUAAACGACGAGCGGCUGCCAUUGCCGUACCUACAGACGAUGGCCGGGUAAAAGCACGAUUGCGGGAGUUAGGCCAUCCCAUUACACUUUUUGGAGAAGACUCAACGGACCGACGAGACAGACUAAGGGAAAUAUUAGCGGACUUAGAAGAACAGCAGGCCACUGCUGCUGGCGAAGGUGGCGCGCAAGAUGUGGGUAUGGGAGGAAUGGAGGAAAGGGAAGAGGAUCAAGACCAAGAGGAGGAGUUUUAUACCGAAGGCUCGCAGGAACUACUCGAGGCACGGAGGGAGAUUGCGAGGUACUCAUUACCCAGGGCCAAAGCGAGAAUAGAUCGACAAAAAGCCGAGUCCACUAUACCUCUCAGAGUACACGUAAAGCACAGGAAAGCAAUAAGGGAGAAGCUGGGCAACUUUGAGCUGUAUGGCUCUCAGAUUGCGGGAGACAGGCCCGUUAGCAUCACCAGGUUCUCUCCAAAUGGUGAAAUAUUGGCUGCGGGGAAUUGGAGUGGAGGUGUCAAGCUUCUUACGAUCCCAAACCUGGAAGAAAAGGCGAAUUUACGAGGCCAUACAGAUCGAAUUGGCGGGAUCUCAUGGUUUCCUGGGGCUACAUUACCCGAAUCGAAUAUUUCUGAAUCCUCCUUGAAUCUCGCCACAGGAGGGGCUGAAGGGAGUAUCAGACUUUGGUCCCUCGAUAAGGAUACAUCGAUUGGAACCCUUUCUGGUCACUCUGACCGUGUCUGUCGCGUUGAGUUCCACCCAUCAGGGCAGUAUCUUGCCUCUGCGUCUUUUGAUACCACCUGGAGACUGUGGGAUGUGCGGACAAACCAGGAGCUCCUUUUACAGGAAGGACAUUCUCGCGGAGUUUACGCGCUAGGAUUCAACACUGACGGUUCUCUCCUAGCUAGCGGUGGGCUCGACAGUAUCGGACGCAUAUGGGAUCUUCGUACCGGCCGAACAGUUAUGAUCCUAGAAGGGCAUAUUCGCGAGAUAUAUGCACUGGAUUGGGGAGUUGAUGGGCACCGUAUCCUAUCCGGAUCAGGAGACGGCUGGGUCAAGUGCUGGGACCUCCGGCAGGUUCGAGGUACUGGGGGUGUAGGGGCGCAUAAGAGCGUUGUGUCUGAUUUAAGAUGGUAUAAGGGCAGUGACUCCGUUUCUCUCCUACCAACGACUUCCGUGCAGGAACAAAAUGGAGAUAUGAUGGAUGUGACGCCUACGCCAACUACAGACCAGCCAGCACAGCCUCCUCAACCCAAAAAAUCGGGAACUUUCUUCGUUUCCAGUGGAUUUGACAAGAACGUCAACAUCUUUAGCGCGGAUGACUGGUCACUGGUGAAGUCGCUCCAGGGUCACUCUGGAAACGUCCUCAGUGCCGACGUCAGUGCGGACGCAAAGUGGAUCGCCAGUUGUGGGCACGAUCGCACGGUGAAGUUAUGGGGCCUUGAAUAG